GAGUUUAAGGCAGCCACAAAAAAUCUCAAAAAAUUUAUCACCGACAAUGAAGGUGAAAUCGUUGGAGAAGACACAUGGGGACUUCGUUCUUUUGCUUAUCCAAUUGACAAGAAAACAACAGGCUUGUAUUACAUUAUGGAAUAUCAAGCUGCAGGAACGUUGAAUUCUAAAUUUACAAUUCAAAUGAAUCGCGAUGAGUCUAUCAUGCGAUUUAUGAUUACUGCCUUAGAUAAACAUGCAGUUGCUUACAACGCACGUAAACGCAGUGAUAUAAAAUACUUAACUACCAACAGAGUAGAAGUACGUGAAAAGAAAUAUUGUCGUUUCAAAAAAAUGGGCAUUCAUUAUAUUGAUUAUAAAGAUCCUGAGUUUUUGAAAAGAUUCUUGAACGAUCAAGGUAAAAUUUUGCCACGUCGUAUCACA